AUGAAGCUCUCCCUCCUCGCUCUCGCAAUCGCCCCCGUCGUCGCGCUUGUCACAGCCCACGUCCCCUACUACAACAUCACACCAACCUUCUUCGACUUGCAAAUCACCAUAGAGCCCAUCAACGACACCUCCACGACCUUCACACCCCAGAUGGAAAUCGAUCUGUACGGCGCACUUCGCGCAACCGACCGCCCCGCCUCCCCGCACGGCGACUGGGAUGAAGACCUCUUCGUGCAGCUCGUCGAAGAGAUCUAUCAUACCCUCGCCAGACUCGUCCCCGUGGAGGAAGGCGAUGUCACAUACCCUCCACCACCACCAAAAGCGGGAGGCGGAGAAGGACAUCCCCUGGACCUCACCAACGCCACAGACACCGACCCGGUCCUCGCAUCGCUACUGAAACGCCUCCCGGUCGAUCGACGCCAGCGGCGGGAGAUCAUCUCCGGCAUGGGACCUGUGGAUUUCUUGGGCGAGAAGGGGGUCUAUUUCAACCGCUUGCUGGAUGAGAUGAAUGAGAUUUUCAGGUUGGGGCCUCGGGAGAGGAUUCUGGGUCCACCUACGGCGUUUCGAUGGUUGAAAGAUUCGGAUAAUGGAAGGCCGGUGGUUGUUGUGGAUGUUGGGACUAAUUCGAUCCACCGCAUGCGUGACGCCGAAAUUCUCGACGACGCAUAUACCAAGCAGCUCGAGGGGAACGAGGCGAAACUGGAGGAUUGUCAGUGCGAUUAUCGCAAUUGGCCUAGUAUGGCUGCGCCGGAGUUCUUGAUGGGGAUUUUGAGGAAGUUUCACGAGGGGGUGUGGAUUCCGGAUGGAGGAGGGUAUGUGGAGAUUCCGGCGAGGGAGAUGGAGGAGGAGUGGGUGGGUAGGAUGAGUGCGAAGAGGAGACUAUUGAUGGAUGUUUAUGGUUGGCCGGGGGAGGGGUUUAGGGAGAGCGAUUGGAAGCGGGAGGUCCAGCGAUACGCGAAUGUGAGGCCGGGGGAAGAUGAGGAUUUCUGCAUGAAGUUGUUGCCGUGA